GGGGAGGGGCAGCUGGUGAGGGAGAAGGAAGAUCGAGUGUGUUGGGGCAGCGGAGGGCGUCCUGAGAACGGGAGCAGAGAGCGGUGGCCAGAAUGAAAGUGGACAGGAACAUACUGAGGCUCGCCGUUGUGCAGCACCUCAGAGACAACGGGAUCAAAGUGAAACAGUGGAACAGGAUCAACUGCAACAGAGGGCCGCCAGGCCGGGACAAGAAAAUAACACACAAUGGAGUGUUCGGCACCCCUCUGCAUGCUCUACCACUAUGCACUCUCCUCGGACAUGCCAGUCUUCCACAGUUUCUCGUCGAUGCCUGUAGCUAUUUAGAAAAGCACAUUGAUACAGAAGGACUUUUCAGAAAAUCAGGAUCUGUGAGUCGUCUUAGAGUUUUAAAGGAAAAAGUGGAUCAAGGUGAAAAAUGUCUUACUCUGGCUCCCCCUUGUGAUGUGGCAGGACUGAUAAAACAAUUUUUUCGGGAGCUGCCUGAGCCGGUACUUCCAGUGGAACUGCAUGAAGCCUUCUUCAGAGCACAACAACUACAGAACAAUGAGAAGAUUUCAACCACACUUCUUCUUUCCUGUUUACUUCCUGAAAAAACUAUUGAUAUACUGCAUUAUUUCCUGAAUUUUCUCCAAAAUGUGUCCCUCAGGUCAAAAGAUAACAAAAUGGAUGCUAGUAAUCUUGCUGUAGUGUUUGCACCCAAUUUGUUCCAUUCUGGAGAUGGAAGUGAAAAAGUAACCUCAUUGGCAGAGAAACGGCUUCACCUUCAAGCUGCAACAGUGCACACGCUAAUUGACAAUUUUGAUGGUAUUGGUUGCUUUCCAGAGUUUAUCUUGGAAAAAGUUCCAGCAAUGCUUGGUGAUAUAGCAUUCACCACACCAUUAGAAAACUUGGAAGAUGGAGAUGGUUCAAGAGUGGCAGAGUGCAAAAGACAUAGGCGACGGAGUGUUGGAGAUAUUGUUAGUGGAGCACUGAGUAAAUUUAAAUCAAAUAGAACACCUUCUGCUACUCACCCUGAUUCAUCUGAAACAUCUUCAGGAACUCCAAUAAUAAAGACUCCAACAUGGAAACGGAAACUACUGGUAGAUUCUUCUCAAAGUCUUGGAUUGUCAAAUAAAAAAAGGCGAUCUCGCAGACACAAUAUAGCUUUGGAACUAUUACCCAGUGGUUUCCUUAGCCAGAAUUGUACUCCUUCAGUUGCAAUCAAGAAGAAUGAUGGUAUGAAUGAAGCUUGCACUCCACAAGUGUCACUGGAAUCAUUGCAAGGUUCACUGUUGCUAUCUAAUGGAAGUGGUACAGUUCAGUCAAUUGCAUCAGCUAAUCGACGGAAAAGUAAGAGACUCGAGAACAAAAAAGUGGAAAGGUUGGAGUCGGGAAAAACUUGUUGUUUUUCUCCAAAACUUAAUCGCAAAGAAAUGGUCCGUAAAUCCUUGCGUUUGAAAUUUAGCAUUGGGAAAAGCAAAGACACAAAUACCAUCUCUUCUGCAAUCCCAGCACCAAAGGGUUCAGAAAACAUUGGCUGGCGACUAGCAAAUCAGAGUGACGGUUACAGCCACAACUGGUUCUCAGUGGAAGAUUUGCCAAUUAAUCAGGAUCGAAGGCACAAAGAUUUAAAGGGUUGGAAGCACAGAAGCAAAUCUGAAGAAAACCUUCUUACUCCAAUAAGCAAUAAAGAUGCACAUCGAAUGUCCUGGAAUGGUGCUAGUCCUGCAGUGUCCCAAGUAACGUGUAACCAUGUGGAAAUGGAAAGCACCUUAGAGAGUUAUCUCAAUUCCAGAAGCAGUCAAUCAGAGCCUGCACUAGUCAUUGGAAAACCACCCACUGUACCAGGGGAUUUACAGAAUCAGAAUAUAACUCAGAAAAAGAGCAGUGAUUCAUUAAACCAGACUGGAGAAACUGUGCUGAAAAUUAAAAAGGCAUUUUCUGAUUCAGGAAAUGGCCUCUGUGCAUUGAGUGGUAGCCAAAGAUCUUCCGCCAAGAAUAAUUUAUGUAGAAGUAAUUUGCUUACUCAGCAGACUUCCAGUACAUCCACCCCUCAGAAGGAUGAUCGACCAUUAGAAGUUAUCUCCAAUCAAAAAUGGUCAUCCUCCAAAUUGCCAUCCCAACCAGCUGCAAAUAUAAUACCUGAAAAUGUUGCAAUAAAUCCCUGUCCAACCGACAUGAGCAUAACACCUUGUAUGUACAAUAAUCUAAAUUGCUCAAGUAGUUUGGAUCAGCAGGAGAAAAAUGGGGUUGCUGUUCUACAAAACAAAAGCUUGCCUGUUCUAUCUUUAGCUGAAGCUCCUAAUUUGGACACAAAGUGUGUUACGGUACUUUCAAUACCAGUACUGUCAUUUCUCAAGUCCAACCAUAAACAGAAAGAGCAGAAUGAAAAUAGUAUUCCUGUAGAGAUAUUAACUGUGCCAACUUCUUCAGACGUAGAUGAUGAUCAGCAUCAUUUUGAUGUGCACCGGUCUGUAUUCUCAACCAAUGAAUUAAGUAAAAGGAAGGACAUCUCGACUUCUGCAGAUACAACUCCAGUUUCAGAAUUCCCUUCACGGAUGCCUAUUUUGGAAAGAAAGAUUUCAGCAGAAGCUAUGCCAGAGACUGAAUGUGGUCAUCACUUCAAAGUGGUUGAACAUAUUAAUCGAUUUAAUAGUCUUUCUUUGAAUGAUCAAACUCCAAAACAUAAAGCUGUUCUAUCACCUUUAAAGUUCAGACGUACUCCAGUCCAUCAGUCCAUUAGAAGGAUGAAUGCCUUAUCAUCUGGCAGUGACAAAUUAGUACCCAGCAGGACCAGAUCAUAUAAAAUUGCAGUUGGUUCUCCAAAAGUUAAACCAUUAAAUUAUGAAAGUGGUUUGUCAUUUGAUACAGAUACAUUCACAGUAAAACAAAAUUUAACUUUAAAGCAAAGUAAACAAAGAAAUGAUGCACGUCAUUUAUCUACUGAAAGGUUUUGCAAAGCCAGAUUACCAAUACAUUCAAAACACUCUGGAGCUUUUAAAGAAAAUAAUUUGGGCAGCCAGCACAAGAACUCUGAUCAAAGAGGCAACCAGUCUGUUUUUGAGGAUUGGACUAAUAGGAAAAUUUCAAGAAUUCAUCUAGUUGAUUGUGAGCUGCCAAAGCACAAUGUACUUACCGAAGGAUCUGAUGCAACUCCAGAAAAAUCAUUUUCUAAUGUUGUGCUGCAUAAAGCUUUGGGAAAAGAAAAAAAUAAAUACAAAGGUUCACCAAAGUGCCCGAUAUCAACAACAAAACUUACAAUUAAAGCCAUAGACCUCUAAAUCUAUGGGAAAAUGUUCUUUUUCUCAUUGCAUUGCUGCUGUUUGAUGCUUCCAAUUGCACAUGUUGUUUAAGUUAAUUUUAUUGUUGACUUUUAAGUUGUAAUUAUUUUUGAAUGCUGGAAUUUAUUAAAUUUAAAUUGUGUAAUGAUUUUCUGAAUAUAAUUCUGAACAGUUUUUGUAAUUGGAUAAUAUCCUUUUACAGCUGUUCCAAUGUUUAAGAUGAUGCCGUGUGUCUAAACCGGACUACUCUGCUAUGGGUCAGCAAAGAGCUGUUGGAUUUUUAUGUUGAUAGUAUAAAUGAAAAGGCAUGCUGAGUAAAUUACUAUGAUUUUAUUAAUGUUUAACCAAAAAUAAUGUAGACAUUUUAAGAAAAUCAUUGUAAAAAUUUGGCUGUUCAGUGGUGUCCAACAUUAUACUAAUGUAUAUAGCUGGCUGUCCAGCUGGGCUUUCUGUCUUGCCAUCUUGAUUCUAUUUAAAACUAUUUAUUUUGUAUUAAAAUCUUAUCCAGAAAUCCGGUUAAGCACUUUUAGUUAUCAUACUGUAGUUUUAAUACAAUUGUACUGUAGCUUUGAACAGAAUUGUUUAAGUACUCUAUAAACAAAGUACUGUGUUAAAAUGAAAAACACAUAAGAAUCGUUCAACUUUGUAACUAAUAAUUCGGGUGUGAUUGUCAGUUGAUUGAGGAGAAUAAAUACAAUCAGUAAGAGACUAUUCAUAUCAGACAAAAAUAAGUUUGGAUGAUAAAUGUUUGCAGCAUUUGAAAUGAAUGUAGCAGAAUUUGAAAUAAUAAAAAGUGUUCUCCUA